UUGCCGGAGAGGUGAAUGUAUUUUGUCUUGGUUUGGCAGAGCGUGGUAGGAGGCGGAGACGACAAGGGGCUGGAAAUAAAGGGGAAAACUUCGGUUUUGUUAUCCGUGGAAUCCACUCUCGACGAGCGAGCUGGUCUGUGCUCUUGAAAGGAAGGGUCUCCAUCCAUCCGGAAAAAAAGCAGAGUAAGCAGACGGAUUGAAGUAGUAGCCGCCCGUAGAAUCAAUUGGAGUAAGAGAAUGGAGGAUGGAAAACAUGGAGAGGGAGUGAUGGUGGUGGAAGUGGCAAAGGGAUUGAUGCCUCCUCAGAACGUCAACCCGAUUACUCAGCUGCAGGCGCGGUUCAAGGACAUGGAGAACGGCUUUAGGACUUGGCUGGCUAAGCAGUCCAUGCCGGUGGAGGCUGCUGUCGUAACCGCCACUAGCGCUGUGCAGGGCGCCGCCAUCGGUGCCUUCAUGGGCACACUCACCAGCGACGUCUCUUCCACAUUCUCUACUCCUCCUCGUCCAUCCUCUCAAGCCUCUCUUAAUCCUCAAGCCAUGGCUUCUCUCAAACAAGCGCAGGCUCUUGCUGGGGGUCCCUUGGUACAAGCCCGCAACUUUGCUGUCAUGACAGGUGUCAAUGCUGGUAUAUCAUGUGUCUUGAAAAGAAUAAGAGGCAAGGAGGAUGUUCCCUCUAGCAUGCUAGCAGCUUUUGGCUCCGGAGCCAUGUUUUCCUUGGUGAGUGGCAUGGGGGGCCCAAAUCAGGCAGCCAAUGUGAUCACAUCUGGACUUUUUUUUGCAGUUGUUCAAGGUGGAAUUUUCCAGCUAGGACAAAAGUUCUCACAAGCACCAGCUGAAGAUGUUUAUUAUGCCAGAACAAGAUGCAUGUUGACAAGACUUGGCCUCCAGAGUUAUGAGAAAAAUUUCAAGAGGGGGUUGCUAACUGACAGCACAUUGCCUUUACUUACUGAUAGUGCUCUAAAAGAUGUGAAAAUUCCUCCCGGACCAAGGCUUCUCAUUCUCGAUCAUAUCCAAAGGGAUCCGGAGCUAAGAGAGGCUCGGGGUGGCUGUAUUUGAACAAGUUUUUCCAAGCUGUCUUUCUCUAAAGAAGAAACCACUUUAUUUUAGUAUGACAACCAGCAAAUGCUAUGCCGGUAGUGUCUCAAUUACAAAUUGAAUUACAAUUGGGAUGUACAUCUUGCUGUUUGUUAGCCAGGGAAAACAAAGUAUGAAUGCUGUAUUCUUAAUAAUGUCUUUAUUUUAGCAUUCUUAUUGGUUGAUUAUUUCAAUGUUUCUUUUUGCUGCAA